AUGUCGCUAAGAGAACAAGUCAAGAAAAUGAUCAAUGAGGACGAAGAUCUCAAUCCAGAGGAGUUCAGCAACCUCAUUCUAGAUGAAUUGAAGAUCGAUCAAUUAUAGCAAUAAGACAAAGCAUUUUUAGAGGAAUUCAUAAACCUCGAGUUAUUGUCUAUGAAUCAAACAUAAAUUAAAUCAACCAAUAACUUCCCAGAUGCCCCAAAUCUAGUCAGACUUGAGUUGAAUGACAAUAAGCUUCCUGGAUCAGAACUUAAAAACCUUAGUAAAUACACAUAAUUAAGAACUCUCAAAUUUGCCGGCAAUCUUAUUAAGGACUUUAAUGACUUGGAUUCACUGAGUUCACUCUAGCAUCUAGUUUCUCUUGAUCUAGCAGGAAAUCCAAUCGCAGAAAAAGACAACUAUAAAGAAAAAUUAUUUGAGAUAUUCCCCAAUCUUUAGAUUUUGGAUUCCUAUGACAGAGAUGGCAACGAGGUAUUGAGCGAGGAUGAGGAAGAUGAAGAUUACGAUGAUGAGUUAGAGGGUGAGGAGAUUGAUCCAGAGACUCUUAAGAAAAUGAGAGAAGAGGCCGGACUUAAUGGUGAUGAAGAAUACGACGAUGAGGAGGAUUAUGGCGAUGAAGAAGAAGGAGAGGAUGAUUACGGCGAUGAGGAAGACGAUGAUGAUGAAGAAGACGAUCUACCAGCAGGAUCUAAAAGAGGUCAAUCAAAUGGGAAUGAGGGUGCUUCAUCAAAAAGAAAGAAGUGA